CCUCAGUUCGUAGUAUUCUUGCUUCACUGGAAUUCCGGAGUUGUCUUAUCUACAAUGCAGCCAAGACGAAUAGUCCGCGGUCCACUGAGGGCCUUGCAUGCAAACUGUACUGAGGAGAUAACAAAUAAUCUACCCCGUGAUUACGAGGAAUGUUUUACGCCUUCAGUUGAUGGAAAUUCCAGUAUGGUAAAACAAGACACUCCUGCAACUCCGCUUGUACGAGUUCACAGUUCGGGCGUGGUCGGAAGGAGACGAUCAUUACAGCCAUUGAGGACAUCCAGUUGCCGUUCAGACAGGCCACAUAACCUUGUUUCAGCGGAAGACAUCCGAUGUCAUUUCCCGAUUCGUGUUUUAUCUGGAAAGUACCUGACGCCAUGUGAGGCCAGUAAAACCUCGGACGAUAAUGAAACCACCAUCGUAUCACCCUUGCGAAGUGGAUAUAAACGUUCUGGAAGUUACGUUCCAGACGAGGAGGAAGUCACACAAUCCAAACAGAUAUGCUACUCCAAUCAAUGUUCUGAUAACAAUUACUCCGAAAAUAAGCUUACAAUGGGUGCUUAUGUGAAGACUCAUCCACGGUAUUUCCGACGGCGCAACAGUGCUGACUGUAUGAGGCAGCCCAUUUCAGACAGAGGAAAAGUUUGCGAUGUGAAUGUGACAGCAUACAUUAGUCGUCUUUCUCCCAUAUGUCCUGUUCCUAUGCCUGAAGGAUUUCCACUCCAACUUCCGCCAUGUGCUACAGUUUCUUUACCUUGGGAAGCAAGACGUGCCAUGCUCACUCCCAGACAACCUCAACGCACUGCAGAGACCCAGACAUCUCCGACAGAAUCGACAACAACAGUCUGCGGUCAGAAGUGCUCUCGAUCCAAACGUCAGAGCUUUGGGUCGUCACAGAUGUUGGUUGGAUUGCGCAAAACGUUUGGUAGUCUCCGCCGGGCAAUCAGUGCAGAACGACUACAUCGUUCUUCCAACAGUCUUUUGGGAUCGACCGAGCGAAAUUCAUCACAAAAGCCUACACCUCCGAAAAGUGCCAAGUUAAAGCUUAAAACAUUGGUAUGCAAACGUUCAAGUAUUCAACGUUCAUCGAUCGGCGUUGGUACCAAUUCCGCGGUCAUGAUCAAAACUACGUCACCAAAGCAGUCAGAUCAGUCUAACCAUCAAAAAUCUACCGCAACUGCCCCAUUUACUAACGAGGUUAACGGGAGCAAACUUACAUGCCAAGUGGUCAGCAAGCUUCCCGAUGGAUCAAUACGAAUAGCCUUGCGUCGUGGAUCAACUCGACAACAGUUUGGAUUCUUCAUUGCUCGCGAUUCAGACGGUAUCUAUAUCAGCAGACUUGGAGGUGUUCGGAGUGCUGUUAAGUUCUGGGAUUUGUUCCGUGUUGGUGACAGAAUUUUGGAAGUUCAAGGUACAUCAUGCAGUAAACUGGAUGUGGAAGAUGUGCAAAAUCUGACCCGAGGAUGUGAACUUGUAGAAUUUCGAAUCAAACCGACUCAUGCGAGUAACUUCACGUACAGUUUGACCCAGUCUAGCUGCUGACGUGAAGUACCUCCGGCAAACUUCGCGCUUCUUUGUGAUUGAUUUUUACUAACUGCUGCCCCUGCUCAUUGUCCCGUCCUAUGCCAAAUGUACAUAGAGAUUACCUUUCCCUCAGAUACCUGAAAAGGUCUAUUCUUUUUACUUGCUCAGAUGAACCCUAUUUUUUCCUUAGCUCCAUCAGAUAAUUUUCAGCUGUUUAAACUAUGAGUAUAAAUGGUGUUCUGU